AUGGCAGAGGACGAAAUUUUGUUCGAUGACGUCUACGAGCUUUGCGAAGUAAUUGGAAGAGGCCCAUUUUCAAUCGUCCGAAGAUGCAUUCACCGGGAGUCCAACCAGCAGUUUGCUGUAAAAAUCGUGGAUGUAGCCAAGUUCACAGCCAGUCCCGGUUUGAGCACAUCGGAUUUGAAGCGAGAAGCUACGAUAUGUCACAUGCUGAAGCAUCCGCAUAUUGUCGAACUUCUAGAGACCUACAGCUCGGAAGGAAUGUUGUACAUGGUGUUCGAAUACAUGGAAGGAUCGGACAUUUGCUUCGAAGUGGUCCGUCGGGCCGUGGCAGGAUUUGUGUACAGUGAGGCCGUAGCGUGCCACUACAUGCGUCAAAUAUUGGAGGCUUUACGCUACUGCCACGAGAACGAUAUCAUUCAUCGAGAUGUUCGGCCGGCCUGUGCGCUGUUAGCGACCGCAGAUAAUUCCGCGCCCGUCAAGCUCGGCGGAUUUGGCUCGGCCGUGCAACUGCCCAGUGGACGCGACUCGGUCGAGACCCACGAAAGAAUCGACCCUCAUCGCUCGUUUUUGAGUCCUAGAGGAAAACUCUAUCUGAAGGCAGACGGCGAGGGACGAGUCGGUUGCCCGCACUACAUCGCUCCGGAAGUGGUGGCCCGCCGGGUCUACGGCAAACCGUGCGACGUGUGGGGUGCCGGCGUGAUGCUGCACGUCCUGCUGUCUGGUCGUUUACCUUUCCACGGCUCCGGCAAGCGCCUGCAGGAUGCAAUCACCCGAGGACGUGUAACGCUUGACACCACCGAGUGGAAGCAUGUUUCGAGCACCGCCAAAGACCUGGUCCUCAAGAUGCUGUCCCUAAAUCCCAUCAACCGCCCGACGAUAUCGGAAAUUCUGGAACAUCCGUGGAUACGGGACCGGGAUAAGCUGCAACGGAUUCAUCUUGGCGACACGGUCGAGGAGCUGAAACGCUACAACGCACGGCGCAAGUUGAAGGCCGCCGUUCAAACGGUGGCAGGUGGCGUUGCAAUGGAUCCGCUCUGCUGUGCCGACACCGACUCAAUGGCACUCGGGACCGCGUCGGAGAGCCUCAACGAGUGGGCCGACGAGGAGGCGGGCCUGGAGGCGAUUCAGAAAAUCCUUGAUUCAUUAGACGAUAUCAUUGCUUUGCAAGAUGCCAACUGCGAUCCGGAUGUGCUGGCCGGUAUGCUGCGCGACGCCAAGCUGCACGAACUGCUGCAGUUGUUCGAUAGAAUCAGUAGUUCCGUUAUCAAUCCAUCACGCGCACCUCCCGGGGACGCCAUCAGCCGCUGCCGGGACGCGAUCGAUGCCAUCUCAUCCGCUGCCGGACACAAAUAUGGACGCGAGAAGGCGGAGCUCAUUAGUCUGCUAGGAUCACCCCACAUUCAGUUCGAUGAUCCCUGUUAG